AGGCCCAGAGAGGGCAAGCGGCCGUGCACGGUCACUUCGAGGCGGGACCUUGCCUCGCCAAGGCCACCAUUAAUUGUUACUCCCGUCCCACCUCCCCCUGCAUCCCCGAGUAGGGGCCAGGGCUGAUUAACGUCCUCCUUGCCACCUUUCAGUGCUGGGAUCGUGAUUAGUCCUAUUUAUAGGGGCUCUCGCCUUAAUAUUCCGCUUGGCACUUCUCUUGCCAAUCAAAUCAGUAGUGUCUGCGGUGUGAUUGUGCUUUAGUGGCACCGGGGAGCCGAGUUAAUUAAACCAAGUAUAAAUAGAUUCUGCCCUUGCCUCGCAAUUUGCUCAAGUGCUUCUCCCCUUCCGCCUCUUCUCUCCCCGCCCCCUCCACCUCCGAUCCAGACAGAACGCUCAGCCCACUUUCCUGUCUCCCGGCCAGAGUCACCUGAGUCCACCUGGGCUGCACCUAGUUAGCCUGCCAGGGACUGGGCUUCCAUUCCGUCAGCCAGACCAGAAAGGAAUGCGAAGGCACCAUGACGACCAUGACGCAGUCUCAUUACCUGGAGGGCCAGGCCUACUCUGUGCCCUUGAUCCAGCCAGAUCUUCGAAGAGAAGAGGCUAUCCAGCAGGUGGCAGAUGCCUUACAGUACCUGCAGAAGGUUUCUGGUGACAUCUUCAGCAGGAUUUCCCAACGAGUAGAAAUGAGCCGGAGCCAGCUGCAGGUCAUUGGAGAGAGAGUCUCUUUGGCUCAGGCCAAGAUUGAGAAGAUCAAGGGCAGCAAGAAAGCAAUCAAGGUGUUCUCUAGUGCCAAGUAUCCAGCCCCAGAUAGACUGCAGGAGUACAACUCCAUCUUCGAGGGAGCCCAGGAUCCUGGGUCUCAGAGGCGCAUCCGACACAAGAUCCAAAGCAAGCACCGACCCUUAGAUGAAAGGGCCCUGCAGGAAAAACUGAAGUACUUCCCUGUGUGUGUGAACACCAGACCCCAGCCUGAAGAUGAAGCCGAGGAGGGACUUGGGGGCCUUCCCAGCAACAUCAACUCCCUCAGCUCCUUGCUGCUCUUCAACACCACUGAGAACCUGUACAAGAAGUAUGUCUUUCUGGACCCUCUGGCUGGGGCUGUGACAAAGACUCAUGUGACACUAGGGACAGAGACUGAGAAGUUGUUUGAUGCCCCCUUAUCCAUCAGCAAGAGGGAGCAACUGGAGCAGCAGGUCGCAGAGAAUUACUUUUAUGUACCAGAUCUGGGCCAGGUGCCAGAGAUCGAUGUGCCAUCCUACCUUCCUGACCUUCCUGGCAUUGCUGAUGACCUCAUGUACAGUGCUGACCUAGGCCCUGGCAUAGCACCUUCUGCCCCUGGCACCAUUCCUGAGCUACCCACCUUCAACACUGAGCUUGCUGAGCCAUUUAAGACAGAACUAGAUGGUGACACAACAGUAGCACCCCCACCACCUCCACCUCCACCGCCUCCUCCUCCACCAGCUCCUGCAGUAUUGGUCAGUGCGCCUCCACCCCCACCUCUGCCUCAGCUCACCUCAGCCCAGCCAGCCAGUGGGGACAACAGCAGCAUGUCUCCUUCAGUUGCAGUUCAUGUACCCCCCAAGGAAGUAGUGGAUCCUUCCAGUGGACGGGCAACCCUGCUAGAGUCAAUUCGCCAGGCCGGAGGUAUUGGCAAAGCCAAGCUACGGAGUGUGAAGGAGCGAAAGCUGGAGAAAAAGAAGCAGAAGGAACAGGAACAAGUGAGAGCCACAAGCCAAGGUGGUGACCUAAUGUCAGAUCUCUUCAACAAACUAGUCAUGAGGCGAAAAGGCAUCUCAGGGAAAGGACCUGGGGCAAGCACUGGAGAAGGCCCUGGGGGAGCUUUUGCUCGAAUGUCAGACUCAAUUCCACCCCUACCAAUGCUGCAGCAACCACCUGGAGAGGAAGAUGAGGAUGAAUGGGAGUCAUAGGAAGGCCUCUACUUUCCUUGGAAGCCACACCUGAGCUGUUGCCCCAAGACAGAUGAAACAUGGACACCCUUACGGUUUAACCCUGAUUUAGUUCUUAUUAAAGGUUCCUCAGCUCAUCCUGGAGAUGGGAAAUGGAA